AUGCCUAAGAUCCCUCGUUCCCGCCGCUAUGACAUAUCCACUUCCGCAGGCGAUGCUAGCGAGAGAGUCCUGCGCUCUAGACGGGUUCCAAUUGUCACCACGCCUUAUGCCCCACGUGUGACCAAGGUCCAAGGCGACAAGGCCGACACCAGCCUUGUCAAUUCUAAGGAGGAUUGUUUGCCCUAUGAGGCUGCCCCUCCCCACAUUACAAGCAUGUUCACCAGGCCUUUGAAGUGGCUGGGCAUUACUCCAAGAUCUACAGAGCACAAUAUCGCUCUCCCCGGCACCGACGAGCUCAUCGUCGCAGAGAAGGACCCGUACAGGUGCUGA